AGGCUGAUUCCUUUUGACAUUUCAGAUAAAAGGACACGCGAACGUAGGCAAAGUAUCGCCAGCGUUCGCUUUCUUUUAUCUGGUAUUAGGUCAAUUUAAUAGCCUAAUGUGCACGUUGUGUUACGUAGAGAAGUAUACUACAACUGUCUUCCAUUUACCAUUUAGUUGUGUGAACGUAACAUACGAUGAGUAGAGCUAUGUCCCGAAAUAAGCAGCAUGAGGAGACGGAUAAACUCACUCGUAUUGCUAUAGUAAACGCGGACCGUUGCAAGCCUAAGAGAUGCAGGCAAGAAUGCAAGAAAAGCUGUCCCGUUGUGCGGAUGGGCAAGCUCUGCAUUGAGGUGACGCCCAAUAAUAAGAUCGCCACCAUCUCUGAGGAACUCUGCAUCGGUUGUGGUAUUUGUGUCAAGAAAUGCCCUUUUGAUGCAAUUACGAUUAUCAACAUCCCGUCGAACUUGGAGAAGCACACUACUCAUCGCUACUCCAAGAACUCAUUCAAGUUGCAUCGCCUACCCAUACCACGCCCUGGUGAGGUGCUUGGUUUGGUCGGCCAAAACGGUAUCGGCAAGUCAACUGCCCUGAAGAUUCUUGCUGGAAAGCAGAAGCCCAACUUGGGACGUUAUGCUGAUCCCCCAGACUGGCAAGAGAUUCUGUCUCACUUCCGCGGGUCGGAACUGCAGAACUACUUUACUAAGAUCCUUGAAGAUGAUUUGAAGGCUUUGAUUAAGCCUCAAUAUGUGGAUCAAAUCCCUAAAGCUGUCAAAGGAACUGUCGGACAGCUCCUAGACAAGAAAGACGAGAUGAAAAACCAGACUGAAAUAUGUAAAAUGCUUGAUCUAUCUCACAUCCGAGACCGUGAGAUUGCAGCGUUGUCUGGUGGAGAGCUCCAGCGAUUCGCUUGCGCCAUGGUGUGCAUCCAGAAUGGAGACAUCUUCAUGUUUGAUGAACCAUCUUCUUAUCUUGAUGUCAAGCAACGUCUGAAUGCUGCUGUUACAAUCCGUUCACUUAUUCAUCCUGAUAAGUUCAUCAUUGUCGUGGAACACGACUUGUCUGUGCUGGACUACUUGUCGGACUUCAUUUGCUGCUUGUAUGGAGUACCCGGUGCUUACGGUGUUGUUACUAUGCCUUUCUCUGUCCGAGAAGGUAUCAAUAUUUUCCUUGAUGGAUUUGUCCCCACUGAAAACAUGAGAUUCAGAACUGAAUCUUUGGUAUUCAAGGUAGCGGAAUCGGCAACUGAAGAAGAGAUUAAACGUAUGAACCACUAUGAAUACCCUGAGAUGACAAAGAAAAUGGGCGAUUUCUUUCUGCGUGUCAUGCCUGGUGAAUUCUCAGAUUCUGAAAUUCUGGUACUCCUCGGAGAGAACGGUACUGGAAAAACUACAUUCAUUAGAAUGUUGGCUGGAAAUUUGGAACCUGAUGAAGGUUCCGGCCAGCUGCCACAGCUGCACAUUAGUUAUAAGCCACAGAAGAUAUCUCCCAAGUCGCAGGGGCUUGUGCGCCACCUGCUGCAUGAAAAAAUUAGAGAUGCUUACAUACAUCCACAGUUUAUCACAGAUGUAAUGAAGCCAAUGAAAAUUGAGGAAAUCAUGGACCAAGAAGUCCAGAACCUCUCCGGUGGUGAGUUGCAGCGUGUGGCUCUGGUGCUCUGCCUCGGGAAGCCGGCUGACGUGUACCUCGUCGACGAGCCGUCAGCCUACCUGGACUCCGAGCAACGUCUGGUUGCUGCUAAGGUUAUUAAGAGGUUCAUCCUCCACGCAAAACGCACAGGCUUCGUAGUGGAGCACGACUUCAUAAUGGCGACGUACCUCGCUGACCGCGUCAUCGUGUUCGAGGGAACACCCUCGUCUAACGCGACCGCGCACGCGCCGCAAUCGCUUCUCAACGGAAUGAACAAGUUCUUGGAACUCCUCGGGAUCACCUUCCGGAGAGAUCCGAACAACUUCAGACCGAGGAUCAACAAACAUGCUUCUGUUAAGGAUAUCGAGCAGAAACGGGCAGGCCAAUACUUCUUCCUGGAAGAUUAGAAAACGCGAAACCAAUGUAUUUAUGUAUAUGGGAGCUAUUGUAUCUGUCACAAUACCGAUGGUCUGCCAUCCUGUGUAUUUCCAAUUAAAUGUAUUAAUGUAAUAAAUCACGUUUUAUACAAUCAGUCUGCUGUCAUUUCACUAGACAUCUAGUGGAAGUCAGAUUACCCCAUACAUUAUAAUAU